AUGCCUUCAAGAGGAAGGCCGGAGGGAGUGGUUACGAAUGUCACUGCACCGAUACCUUCAUUUCAAGAUGAAAAAUUUAUUGAGCGUUUGCUUCAUUAUAUCACACAGCGCGAUGAAACCUCGCUUGUGAUGUCGACAGCAAAAGCAUUAGGGGCUGAAGACUACAUGAUUGAGCUUAAAAACCAAAUUUUUUUGGAUUUACGAAUAGAUUUUCUUCGUUUUUGCGCUGAUCAGAAGUAUGGGCCUUCUCAGGUUUUACAUCUUAUGAGGUGGAUGGAUCAUUUUCAAUCCGUUGUGGAAAAUGGAUGUGAUACUGAGGAAAUGCGAUGUGAAUUGAUGAAAUUUGUUUCUUCUGAAAUUGAAGAGGGCUGGAAGUGGCGGCAAACACCUCCUGUUGAUGAAAUUGCAACCGAGCCUCCUCCUUCAUCCAAGAAUUUAAACAAAAAAGGUAUUAGGGCGACGGACAAGGUGGCUAUUGAGGAGGUGGAGGCUACAGCUUUGCUUCCUCGUGAAAACAUUUAUUUGACAAAAGAGGGCGUGGGGCCGUUUUGCACAUAUCUUCUUCAUGGAAUCAUUCAGCAUGCUUCGUUACAUGCAUAUCUUGCUUGCCAUCAAAGAGAGACAAGAGCACCGAAUGAUAUUUUUGUUUUUACUGAACUGCCGGUAAUUGCUCCCCCCUUGCGUCUUUACAGCGCGUUAGAAAAGUCUUCAACAGAACCAUCUACAAAAAAUGAUAUGUUGAAAAGGUUACGCGGAACAGAGUUGGCAUUGCUAAUGAAUGAAUACGAGGAGACAAUGAUAAAGGAAGAAUUGUGGCGAAAAACCAAACAGAAUGAGGACGAAAUGCAAAUUUUCAUAGAAAAUGACGGUAGCAAAAGGGCGGUUGAAGAUACUUAUGAAAGACUGGAAGCUGACCUAACGCAGAGACAGAAACGGAUUUUGCAGCGUAUUACAGCUCUAGAGAAAAAAUUGAGUCUUACAUCUUCUCCACAAACGCUCUGA